ACAAGUAUUCCUGCGACGGCCGCGGCAGCAGGACCGCGUUCGGUUUCCGUCAAAUGUCGCUCGCGGUCAAGCUCAAACAGUUCCAAGUGGCGAAAUGCAAGGGCGAGAAAUUGGCCAAAAUCGAGUUCAGAGGCGUCUCCCACCUGACGAAGAUCCUAGAAGAGAACUGUGAACUGUUGACUGUUGAUCAGAGGUUCGACUGGCCAGUGGCCAGGCCUUUGGAAGAAGAAGAGAUCCUGCUCAUCGAGUUAUAUUCGAGGAACCGACUAUUUGCCGAUAAACUCGUCGGCAGCUACCGUCUGGUGCUGCAGAACGUCAUCAAAGAUGGAAAACUAUCUGUACGGGACAGCCUGCUCGACGUUAAUAACAAACCUUUGCCCGCGAUCGUGGAGUUCAGCGUGAUCUAUUCCCUGCCGGACGAAUCGCUGGCUUCCUUCGCGGGCAGUUCCGCCUUCGAUAUGCUCGAAGACGAGCACCAGAUGCUGAUCGACAUCGAGCAGAACAUCGCAAACAUCGAGAAAACGCUCAUGGCGGAACAAAGCGCCGAUCAGCAGCCGAUUUCCGAUAAGAGAUCGUUCCUGAGACGGGGCACGACCGUCUCGACGCCGACGACGCCCCCUAACGUCGACCGCAAACGCUCGACGCUCAAGAGCGUCAAGAGCCUCAUCAGGUUCGGCAAGCAGCGACCUCCAAGAGACAGCGAUACCGAGGACGAGAUGGCGUCCCUUUUGCAGGAAUCAGGACGGGAUUCCAGGAAUUCCGGAAUUGAAUCCGCUCCGAUUUCAAGAGCCGGAAGCGACACGUCGAUAGACUCGAACGCUAAGAGCGAAACGAUCAACUCCAUGCUUGACCGCCGAAGGGCAUCCAAAUUAAACAGCGAGCUGAAGAACAACCAACCAGCCGUCGAUUCCGCGCUGAAGGCUCAGGAUUUUCAGGUGUGCCUGACGGUCAUCGAAGCCAGACAACUGGCCGGACUGAACAUGGACCCGGUCGUGUGCAUUCAAGUGGGAGAUCAGAAAAAAUACACGAGCGUGAAAGAGAGCACCAACUGUCCCUACUACAACGAGUACUUCGUUUUCGACUUCCAUAUGCCUCCCGUGAUGCUGUUCGACAAAAUCAUCCAGCUAUCGGUGCUGCAAUCGCGGAACUUUCUCAGGGGUAACAAAAUGCUGGGCACCUUUAAGCUGGACGUCGCGACAGUUUGGGCUCAACCAGAUCACCAGUUUUACCACAAGUGGGCGCUGCUGACAGACCCAGACGACAUCGCCGGGGGGGCCAAGGGCUACCUGAAGUGCGACGUCAGCGUCAUCGGCAAGGGGGACACCGUGAAGGUGCCCCCCAAGAGCGAGAGAGACGAGGACGACAUCGAGGCAAACCUUCUUUUGCCGGAUGGUGUUCCGACCGACCGACAGAGGGCGCACUUUAUCGUCAAAAUAUACCGCGCGGAUGGGCUGCCGAAGAUGAAUUCCUCGCUGAUGGCGAACGUGAAAAAGGCUUUCACCGGGGAAAUCAACGACCUGGUCAAUCCCUACGUGCAAGUGUCCUUCGCCGGGUUAACGGGAAAAACAAGCGUGAAAAAGCACAGCUACGCCCCCGUAUGGAACGAGCAACUGGUGUUUACGGAAAUGUUCCCGCCGCUGUGUCAGCGAAUCAAAAUCCAACUGAGAGACGACGACCCGAUGAAACCCACGGUCAUCGGUACUCACUUCGUCGACCUGAAAACGAUCUCGAACGACGGAGAGAAGGGAUUUAUGCCCACCUUCGGGCCCAGUUUCGUACAUUUGUACGGUUCGACCAGAGACUACAGCCUGAUCGACGAGCACUCCAGUCUUAAUGCUGGCUUGGGCGAGGGGGUUUCGUACCGCGCCAGGCUGCUGAUCGCUAUACGCACCGAAAUAACAGACGGCAUCGACUUGAGUCCUGCUGCUGUCGAGCUACAACCGACGAUAGCAGUCAACGAAGCGUCGUACGCAAAAAACGAGGAGUUUUUCUUAUUCUCCGCCAUCUUUGACGCUUCCAUGAUCGACAAAAAGCUGGGAGACAAACCCGUGUAUUUCGAAAUCAGUAUGGGAAACGCCGGCAACGCUAUCGACGGGCACAACGAACAUUACGAUUCGGACAGCGACGAGCUGGAAACCGUCACCACGGAGGCAGCAUCGUGGCAAAGCACGACCACCCCCACGAGACCUAUGACUCACGACAAAAUCUACUACUUCCUACCCUAUUGGGACAACAAACCCUGCAUGCACGUACGUUCGGUAUGGCCCGACUACCGAAGGCGUAUGUACAACUCCAACAUAAUCUCCAAAAUAGCCGAUAAACUGGACUACGGGUUAGAAGAGGUGAGCGUGGCGGCUGAUUCUGAGGACCCGGAAGCGGAAGUUAAACUCCGACAAGUGCUGGAAGAUUUGUCUGUAGGUUGCACGAAAUACGUCGCAGUAUCGAAAUCGAGCGUCACUGGACCGGGAACGGGGAAGACGAGAUUAGACAAGGAACGGCUUAAAAUGUGCCAACGCGAAAUAGAACACGUCGGGAACGCAUCCCGGAAUUUGAAAGCUCUUGUUACGAGGAGCUCCUUCCGGGACCGCCUCAAGACGGCUCAAGGUUACUUGGCGAAAUUGAAAUUCCUUACCGAGGACCCGCAACACGCACUGCCGGACGUGUUUCUCUGGAUUAUAUGCGGCGGAAAACGACAAGCAUAUCAACGUAUCCGCGCCAGAGACAUUAUCUACUCCAUUGUCGACGAAGAAAGGGGGAAAGAUUGCGGACGCAUGCAGACUAUGUUUCUGAAACUUCCGGGUAAAAGGGGCACAGGCCCGAGCGGCUGGUCCAUACCCGCCAAACUGAACGUUUAUCUCUGGCUGGGGAUGCUCAAACAUAAAAAGCACUUCGUGUCGGGCAUCCCCAAAGGGUACGAGAUGUCGCAGGAAAUCCGGAACGUGGAGAGACCUCGCGCCCUACCGCCCUCGGUCGUGCACUACGUCGAGAAACACGUUUUCCAGAUGCGUGCGCACAUCUACCAGGCGAGAUCCUUGAUAGGCAGCGACGCUUCGGGCCUGUCCGAUCCUUUCGCGAGGGUCGUGGCGGGAGAGUUCUGUAAAACUACCCAGGUGAUCGACGAAACCCUCAGCCCUACUUGGGACGAACUGUUGAUAUUCGACGAAAUCCUGAUUUACGGCUGCUCCGCCGAAAUCAAAAAGAACCCGAUAUCGAUAGUGAUCGAAAUAUUCGAUCAAGACAAAGUAGGCAAAUCGGAGUUCAUCGGCAGAGCGAUGGCGAAACCCCACGUGAAACUACGCGACGACGCUUACGUCAAACCGUCUCUCGAAUGGUACACAAUCACGCGGGGUGCCGAUCACGCCGGUGAACUUUUGGCCACGUUCGAAUUGCUAGAAAUACCUAGCCAGGGUUCGCUACCCGUAUUACCCCAGCCGAAGGAGGUUGCCGUCUACAAAGACGGCAACCUGCCCGAUAUGGGAUCGUUACUUCCGGUUCCCAAAGGGAUCAGACCCACGUUGGCACGGUACCGCAUCGAGGUCCUCUUCUGGGGCCUGCGCGACCUGAAGCGGGUACAUUUGCUGACGGUGGACAAACCCCGAGUCGAUAUAGACUGCUCCGGACACAUAUUGUACUCCAGCAUCAUACCCAAUUCGAGGAAAAAUCCGAACUUUUCCACCCCCGUUAAGUUCCUCGAGCUGGAUUUGCCGGAACAGGAAUUGUACCGACCACCUCUCACCAUUAGGGCCGUGGAUUGUCGCAGUUUCGGGAGGUACACGCUGGUAGGAACGCACACCAUCAACUCCAUUCACAAAUACAUGUACGCUCCGAUGACGAAGAGGGACAGGGAAGCCGAAGAGAGGAAACAGUCUUUGCGUCAACUCAGAGUGGACAGUGGCGGGGCAACCAACCAGCAAGUCUCGCCUUCCGGAUUGUCGAGCUUAUCGAGCGAUAGGGAGAAGAGUCCGUUACUGCCGAAGGAUUUAACCGUAACCGGCGGUUACGGGACCCAAACGGCCGCGAGGAAAACGAAACGAAAAACUAGCGUAGAAGAUGACGCCGACGACGAAGAGGACAGCAAAGACUGGUGGACGAAGUAUUUCGCUUCUGUGGAGAGGAUGAUAGACGAUUCGAAGGAAGCCAAAAAAAUAUCGAGCCAGAACGGCAAUGUGCAAGGGUGCUCGGAAGACGACAACAAUCCACAGUCCGGGUACAGUUCCGACAAGAGUCCGGGGCAGGAGUACAAGAAGCGGUUCGGAUUCAAAACGGCAGCGACUGCGUCGCGAUUCGCUGCCAGAAUUAGCCCAAAAAGCGUCAGGAAACGCAAAAAAUGCAAACCGGUAUUGUUCAAGGUGUAUCCGACAGAGUUGGAAGCGCGACCGGAGUUCCGGGAGUUCAAAGAGUGGCUUCGCACUUUUCCACUAUACAGGGGGAAAAAAUCCGGCGAGGCAUCGGAAGACGAGAACAGGAUAGUGGGUUAUUUCAAGGGCGCGAUAGAGGUCUACAAAUGGCCGCUGCCGAAGGACAUCGAAGACCGCACGGUCAUGGGGUUCGAUCCCCAAUACGGGUUUUUCCAGGGGUUGCCUUCGAACGACCCGAUUCGGGUCUUGGUCAGGGUGUACGUGGUCAAAGCGAACGACCUCCACCCCAUGGACCUAAACGGCAAGGCAGAUCCCUACGUGGUAUUAAUCUUGGGCUCCAAACGGAUCAGCGACAAAGACAAUUACGUUUCCAAACAGCUGAACCCCGUGUUUGGCAAGUGUUUCGAAAUCGAAGCCACGUUCCCGCAAGACUCGAUUCUUACGGUCCAAAUCUACGAUUGGGAUCUGGUCGGGUCGGACGAGAUGGUGGGGGAGACCAAGAUCGAUUUGGAGAACCGGUUUUACAGCAGGCACAGGGCCACGUGCGGUUUGCCCGACAAAUACGAAGAGCAAGGGUACAACGCGUGGCGAGACGCCAUGAAACCGACCCAGAUCCUAGCGAAACUCUGCAAGGACGCGAAAAUCGAACCGCCCGUGUACUGCGAAGGUCAAGUCAAGGUCGGCCACAAGGUGUUCCACGUGGCUGGCGACGCUGAAGACUUCGUCGUCAGCAGAGAGACGGAACGCAUGGCGUUGAGCGUUUUGCACCGGUGGCACGAGUUGCCGAAACUCGGCUGCCGUCUCGUGCCCGAACACGUCGAGACGCGAGCCUUGUACAGUCCCGACAAGCCCGGCAUCGAGCAGGGCAAGCUCGAGAUGUGGGUCGACAUGUUCCCAAUGGAUAUGCCCCUGCCGGGACCGCCCCUGGACAUAUCACCCAGGAAACCCAAGAGCUACGAGCUACGGGUAAUCAUAUGGAACACCGACGAGGUGGUCCUCGAGGACGAUGCCUUUUUCACCGGCGAGAAAAUGUCAGACAUAUACGUCAAGGGAUGGCUCAAGGGCCCGGAGGAUUGCCAAUGCACGGAUAUACAUUACAGGUCGUUGACUGGCGAGGGCAACUUCAACUGGAGGUUCAUCUUUCCCUUCGACUAUCUGGUCGCGGAACAGAAGAUAGUGAUCUCGAGGAAGGAGUCGUUGUUCUCUUGGGACGAGACGGAAUGCAAAAUACCGGCCAGGCUGGAACUUCAGGUGUGGGAUGCGGACCACUUCAGCGCCGACGACUUUCUAGGGGCGGUGACCCUAGACCUGAACCGCUUCCCCCGCGGGGCGAAAUCGUCCAAGCUGUGCACCCUCGACAUGCUCAAACCGGAUGACUCCGUGCCGACCGUUAACAUAUUUAAACAAAAACGGGUCAAGGGCUGGUGGCCGUUUUUCAUCAAAAAGGACAACGAAGAAAUGGAACUGACCGGCAAAGUGGAGGCCGAAAUACACGUGCUGACACGAGAGGAGGCCGAUAGAAUACCGGUAGGUUCGGGCAGGAACGAGCCCGACCCGCUGGACAAGCCCAACCGGCCGGACUCCUCCUUCAUGUGGUUCAUGAACCCGAUCAAAUCGAUCAGGUACAUCCUGUGGCAUAACUACAAGUGGACGAUCCUCAAACUACUCGUCGUCGUCGGCAUUGCAAUAAUAAUUUUGGUCUUCUUUUACUCCGUGCCCGGCUAUUUGGCCAAGAGAAUGGUGGGCGCUUAAAAAUUCGCACC